UAUUAAAUAAGUAAUACUAUUGAACGAAAUAAUAAUAUAUUUAAAAAAAACGAAAUAUUAUAUUGUUAAAAAAUAGUAAUAAAAAUAUAGUAUAUAUUGCAUACACGUGCGAUUAGUUUGACAGCGACCUAGCAAUACCUUAAGUAUUGAGUAAUAAAAAGUAAUACACGUGGUAAAGCUUUGAUAUCACAAAUUGUUCAAAUCAUACAGUUUUUCAAUUAUUUAUUAUUAAGUGAUAUAAACUUAUAAAUUAUAUAUAUAAUUAAUAUUUUUUUUUCUUAAGUAAUUUUUUUAGAGAACUACAUACUUUAACUCAUUACAUAACCUAAACAUGGUUCGGUUCAAAAACAGAUAUAUAACAUUUAAAAUAACUCUUGGUGAUAAAUCUAAUAAGCCUUUACAAUUAAAAAUUACAACUUUACAUGUUGCUAUUCAACAGAAAGUACAGCAAUUGUAUGGUGAUUUUGGUGUUGCUGCGAUAAAAGCUGGUUUUACUGCAAAGUAUUGUAAUAUACAUACAAAAAUAGCAUUAGUAAAAACCCGUCAUGGUCCUCAUAAAUUUUUAUUGAAAGCCAUCCCUCUUAUAAAUGAUAUUGCAGGACGUUUAGUAUCAAUAGAAAUACUUUAUGUGGGUGCAACAUUAAAACACUGUUUUCUUUUUAUUAAAAAAUAUCAACAACAAGAAUUAGAACGAGUAUGGAAUACUCUUAAAACUGAAAGAGAACGAAAAAACAUGGAAAACGCUUUAAUGACGUUAACUCCUGUCAUGAAAGAGUUGGGAUAAAAUUUAUAAAUUAGAUAUAUAAUAAGAUAUGUUUUUAAAUUAAGUAUUUAAAUUAAUAAAUAAAUAUAAAAAUUAAAGAAAA